CCCUGCUCCUCUCUCUGAGCUCGAGCCUCUCUUCCCCCUCUCUCUGCCUUCACGAGUUCUCCUCCUCCCGAAACCUGCGCGAGGCGGCCACUGAAGCGCGAGGCGAUUUCCCCCCCUCUCCCCUUCACUUCAGUCAACAUGGCUACAGUUGUAACCUCGACCAGAUUCACAGACGAAUAUCAGCUGUACGAGGAACUCGGAAAGGGUGCCUUCUCAGUCGUUCGCCGAUGCGUCAAGAAGUCCACCGGCCAGGAGUAUGCUGCUAAAAUUAUUAACACGAAAAAGCUCUCAGCCAGAGAUCACCAGAAACUGGAGCGAGAGGCGAGAAUCUGUCGUCUGCUGAAACAUCCAAACAUAGUACGACUCCAUGACAGCAUCUCAGAGGAAGGCUUCCAUUACCUCGUCUUUGACCUUGUCACUGGAGGAGAGCUGUUUGAAGACAUUGUUGCCAGAGAGUAUUACAGUGAGGCAGAUGCCAGCCACUGCAUCAAUCAGAUCCUGGAGAGCGUCAGUCACAUCCACCAGCAUGACAUUGUGCACAGGGACCUCAAGCCAGAGAACCUGCUCCUGGCCAGUAAGAUGAAGGGAGCAGCUGUGAAGCUUGCAGACUUUGGUCUAGCCAUUGAGGUGCAGGGGGACCAACAGGCAUGGUUUGGUUUUGCAGGAACUCCAGGAUAUCUGUCCCCAGAGGUGUUGAGAAAGGACCCGUACGGAAAGCCAGUGGACAUAUGGGCAUGUGGUGUGAUCCUGUACAUCUUGUUGGUGGGCUACCCUCCCUUUUGGGAUGAGGAUCAACACAAACUGUACCAACAAAUCAAGGCCGGUGCAUAUGACUUUCCUUCUCCAGAGUGGGACACAGUGACCCCUGAGGCCAAGAAUCUGAUCAAUCAGAUGUUAACCAUUAACCCUGCCAAAAGGAUCACUGCCGACCAGGCCAUCAAGCAUCCCUGGGUCUGCCAACGGUCCACUGUGGCCUCAAUGAUGCACCGCCAAGAGACUGUGGAGUGUCUGCGCAAGUUCAACGCCAGGAGAAAACUUAAAGGAGCUAUCCUCACAACGAUGCUGGUGUCCAGGAACUUUUCAGUGGGACGGCAGCAUACCAGCCCUGCCGCUACUACCAGCACGGCCUCAAUGGCACAGGAAGCAUGCAAAACCUUACUAAACAAAAAGUCGGAUGGAGUGAAGUCGCAGGGAAACAACAGUAAAAACAGUGUAGUAAGCAGCAGCAGCACCAAAGACAGCAGCAUGUCAUCUUCAGCACCAAUGGAAGCCCAGACAACUGUUGUACACAACCCAGCUGACGGCACCAAGGGCUCCACAGAGAGCUGUAAUAACACAGAAGAGGAGGAGAUGAAAGGUAGGAAAGCUGGUCCACUGCAGGAGGCUGCUAGCAGCCCCACUGUCCUUCCAAGCAGUCCAACUCAGAGCUCCUGUCCUGAACCAGAGUCAGCUCUGUCGCCCCCCGCAGGCAGCAGCCACAAACUGCAGCAGACUCGUAAACAGGAGAUAAUAAAGAUGACAGAGCAGUUGAUUGAAGCCAUCAACAAUGGGGAUUUCGAGGCUUACACGAGAAUCUGUGACCCUGGACUCACUUCCUUUGAACCAGAGGCUCUUGGAAACCUGGUGGAGGGCAUGGACUUUCACAAGUUCUACUUUGAGAACCUGCUGAGUAAAAACAGCAAGCCAGUACACACCACCAUCCUCAAUCCCCACGUCCAUCUGAUCGGCGAGGAUGCCGCCUGCAUCGCCUACAUCCGCCUGACGCAGUACAUUGACAGCCAGGGCCGACCACGCUCCUGCCAGUCGGAGGAGACCCGUGUGUGGCAUCGCCGCGAUGCCAAAUGGCUCAAUGUGCACUUCCACUGCUCAGGAGCACCGGCUGCACCCCUGCAGUGAGCUGAGUACGCAGGCCCAGCUUUGCCUGAACUCUAAAGCUGUUUGGAGCAUUUAUUCUCCGUGGUCGGAUUGGUGCCUGGAUCCUGGCCGGGAAGAGGCUGCUUGGAAAGUUGUACAAAACACAAAAGUGGGGAAAAUACAUUAUAAAUAAAAAAAUAAACAAACAAACAAACAAAAAAGCAUAUUUCAAAAGCUUGACUGAAUGACCGACCACACCAACCAACACCAAUCCAGUCUAACCCUAGCUAGAUGAGGUCGGGGCCCGGCUUUUGUCAGCCCCUUUCUUGCAGAUGGUGCAUGCUUCUAGUGGCGACACAGGGGUGAUGCUGUCCUGGUCCUUUUUCUCCCAUGGCCUUUAUUUCCCUAUCUUUGUUUUGUCUGCUGUCUGGAAAAGUAUUAACAUGUUCAAAUAUAUAUAUAUAUGUAACAACAGAAAAACAUGUACACUUAACACACAUAGUGAAUAGGACUGGGGCGGCGAGUAUAGUGUGUGGAAAAAUGUGAUUUCUUCUUUGUUUUGUGUUGAGAGAGCAGCAGAAAGUCUACUUUAAUAAAAGUUCUGUUUGGUUUAAAGUUAACAGGUAUAUUUGGGUGGGGUUUAUGGGAACGAGAGCAACUAAUAUUUGCUUAAUAUCAGAAUUUAACACCUAUUUUAUGUGUCAGGUUUGAGCAUCUGUACACAAUGUUUUAAAGGGGUUUAGGCAUUGAUACGUUAUUGAAGGGACCUUUAUUUUUAUUUUGUCUUUUUGUAUUAUGUGUUAUUAAGCUGUUGGUUUUUAUCUCUUAAAUGAUGUAUUUUAAAGUAUUUUGUGUUUAAAAAAGGAUCAUUUUUAAUCAAAAGGUGGAUUUUAUUUAAUAAAAUUGUGUAUAAUUAGAUAUUUAUAUAGGCGAAAAGGGGAACACGGUUUACUUUCAGGGUGUAGGGAGGGGAGUUAAGCAUGAGAGUGGGGUUUUUUGUUUUGUUUUUCAGCUUUGAGGUCCGAGGUGUAAAUACAAGUAAACACACGCACACUCACACACACUCAUGGUCCCUGUGCUCUAGCUUUUAUGGGCUGAGCUUCUCUUGAGCUUUAGACACAACGUCCAGGCCAGCUCAUCCUGAAGUUGCAGAAGGCCUCCAUCUGUCUAUUUGGAGUCGAACACUAGGAGGCGCCAUCAGUCUAAAGCUCCUCACGUCUCUGAACUACCUAUUCUGAAAGCACGGACACACUCUCACGCCAACUUUUUAAGUUUUCUUUAAACAGUUUUUGUGUAUUUUUGAUGUGAAGCAUGAAUUAAUUGAACUAUCUACUGGCCUGUACUGUUUUUGCACAGACACUUAAGACUCGAUGCUGUUGCGUUCGCUCUUCUGAGGAAGUGAACCUUUCUGCAACUUCAGGUUAUGCUCGCCAAAAUCCUUCCCCUCCACCCUACCUCUACCGCACUACUUCCAUCAUUCCUGCCACUUAUCCUCUCCACAUCUGUUACUCUUGUGAUCUUCGCUAACCAGCCCCAUUACCGUCUUAGUAGCACCAUCCCGUGUGGUGAUGAUGAUGAUGAUAAUGAUGAUGAUGAUGUCACCCUUACGCCUGUGUCUUGAUUGUGUUCUUCAAAAAAUAUGUAUGUUGUCCGUCUUGGCUUGCUGUACUUCUGUGUAAAGUCCCGGCACUAUAAAAAGCAUGCUGAAAAAGGGAUUGCAGGCGAGAUUGGACAAAACAAAGGCAUUAUGGGUAGAGGGCUAUGCUGGCUCGAGGGCUGUGGGACCUUUUGCUGAUGGCAAUCAAUGGUUUGGUCCCUAACAGGUUCUGUUGUAAACGUUGUAGUUGUUAGUGUUUUGAUGUUGAUAUUUUUAUCAGUUUUAGCCAGAACUAUAAAAACUGCUGGUUAAAAUGAAGGGAGGCUGGGACUGCCACAAACCUUUUUUACUGUCCCUGUCGUCCCCUCGCACACUGAUUAAUACACACACACACACACUGGAUGCUGAAAUCUUGAGACAAAAACACUUAAUACACUCCUGUGGGUAAUUACAUUGGAAUUCACAAGAUCAUAUAAGCACAUGAGAUCAAAGAUUCUCCCUUUAAAGAGGACAAAACAUAACUCCAUAGCAGUGGCUGAGCUUUGCAGCACUGUUUUGUUCCACUAUUGUAGAAACUUUGUGUGUCUUUGUACCAACGGAGGGGUGAGUCUGUCCCGUGUCUGUGCUACGCUGCUCCAUAGUUAAAUCGCGCUCUACUUAGGCUGUUGCCUAAAAGCUGAAACCACAACGAUGCUUCAAACUAUCACAUACCGUGUCUUUGUACGUACACUGACACAGUUGAGCGGAUAAUAAAAAAUAAAAAAAACAUGUUGUGAAUCAUAUGUGAGACCCAACCUACUGUAUCAGCCGUCUGUGCUUCUUUCUGAGUGCUGUUACAUAUCUGACAUACCAUGAAAACUGUGUCCCUCCCCACCCUCCACACUUUUUGCACCAUGACGACGACACGUUGUAAAACCAGUACUGAAUCUAUGAUGUGAUGUUUUAUAUGGCUCUAAGUAGUUCUGUUUGUGCUGUGGGCUCUGGCCCAGUUGUCUGUUGAUGCCACCGAUCUGACGAGAUGCUUUUAUUUCAUCGUGUGCAUAUUUCCACACAGUCAUGGGGAUGCUUAGACGAGUGAAAUGCAGUUAAACGUUACAGGUUAUCCAAAAGGAGGGGAACUGAUCUGAAGCUGCUGAACACUCAGUUUGAGUGUUUGAACAGUUGGAUCAAGCUGAAAUUUGCGUUUUUGAUAUGAAGCCGAAAUAGACGUUAACAGCAGACAUUUGGACAUGUAGCAGGAAAAGCAAAAGGUAUAAACGAUGGCAUUAAUACAGGCUGCAUCCCUGUGCUUGCUUUCUGGGGUGCUUAAUGGAACAUCAUUGAUGUUGUUAGUUACACUUUGCUUUUCCUGUUAUGAGUAGAAAUCUGUCAAUUCUGAAUCUAUUGGGUCUAAAGAAUAGGCAGCUGGUGCAGUUAGCCCACUCACAAUGACCUUUUUUUAAAUUGUUAGUUGUAGAACAGGGAUUCUCAACCUUUAUGACCUUAAAAUAAGGCAGCACCUACUUGUGACCACAGGUUGGGAACUACUGUUAUAAAGUUAAACUCUUUCGAUGACCCUGCUUUUGAGAAUUUUUUCCCUCUCAUGCAUCUCAGUAACUUCAGCUGAUAUUCAUUAUUUCUUUGUACUUAUUCAGUCAUAUUUAGUCUUUCAGAGAUGUAUGCAAUAAAGCGUCUUAAAAAACAAACACACACAAAAAAAACCACUUUCUCACUUGCCCUGAUUUUUCCAUCUGGCCAUGCAGAUAGUUUUGGUUUUAUUCGUCUGGUUUUUGAUGCAUUGAAAAAAGACACAAACACCACAAAAUUCAACAGCAACAUCUCUCUCCAGAAACCGUGUCCUGUUUACUCCCUGAAUCAUCCACAGACUUAACUGUAUACAUUUUAUUGGUAGAACAACUGUUGGGAGUAACACAGGCGUUUCUGUUGCAUUUCAGUGUAACUAAGUGUAAUCCAAACUAUCUGCAUGGAAGGAAGUAGAAGGAACUAGAGGCUCCCUGUACUGUUUAACACCAGACAUGAUGCAAAAAGGCAAAUAUUUCUGCACAGGUUCUGAACUCCGGAUCACAGAUGAGGCCAUUGUCUCAUUGGGUAGUGUAUGGAGGCAAAGAAAGGUCAUAGAUUCACUGACGCAAAUAAUCUAAUUAUGAAAUGUAAUUAUUUCACAGUAUUUAAUGUUAAGAUUUAAAUGCCACAGAAAUCACUGCAUUUAAAUAUUUUACACUGAAAACUUCCUCAAUACUGAACCUGAAUAAACAUUCUGUAAAUCAAAAUUUAAAAUUGCACCAGAUACAAAUAGCAACUGGAAAUUACAAAGAGGUCAAUUUAAACCACUUAAAUUCAGAUACAUGCCUUCAAUAAGUAGUGAAAUAUUUGUGGUAUUUGAAUUUAACAAACUAUAUUCCACAGUAAUUAUAUGUCAGUGUUCAUUUGCAUAUAAAAUGAAAAUGAUUUGGGCUGUAUUUGCUUCCAUAGAAGUACUACAGUGACCUCCCUGUUCAGCUGAAGUGUCACUGAGAUCCAACAGAGUGCUUUUAACAUGACAGGGUUAUCGACCUUUAAGUCUCACUGCUGUACAUAGGAUAUGUGACCAAAUAUAAAUUUAACUUCACACAGAAUAACCUUGGGCUGAAUGCACCAACGACCUACAAGAGAAAAUAUCAUUCACAGUAGUUGAAGUAGCUUGGUGUCUGUUUUGCUUUAACAUUUUUGGUUUAAAAAAUGCAAAUGUGUGAAAAUCAAAUAAAAUUCAUAUAUUCGACAUUUGCCAAAAUACUAGUGCACAUGUCUAAUAUAUAUUAAUUAAAACAGUACCUGACUUAAGUGAGGGGAAGAAAAAAAAUCCUUGAAAUGCUUUCAACAAAUGUUGAAAAAGGAUAAUUAAAACCACAAACAGCAACACUAUAUAUGCAGUUUUACAAAUGGAAGAAAUAUGCAUGUCUACUUUCUGGUAAUUUUUCACUGUUUACUUGAUAAAGAAAUGGAAAUCUAUGUUACUUGCAUCCUCAAGGUUAUGAAAUGGCUCCAUCUGAGUUAUCUCACAUUAAAAUGCAUAAAAGAAUAGCAAAAGCCUCAGCUUGUAUGUAAGUAAAUUUAUUGCAUUGUAACCUUAUACUAAAAAGGGGCUAAAUGUGUCUAUACUCCGAGUUUCAAUUGGAUGCUGGAUUUUUGCAUGACCAUACAGUUAAUAAACAUACAUUAAAAACUA